GCCAAAUCGGUUCAACACAUAAACACACCACACUCUCUUCACUCUCCACUCUUGAGCUCAAAUUCAAACGCCGAAUAUAAUAUAAUAUUAUUUAAUUAUUAUCACUAAUUCACAUUAAUAUUAAUUUAAUAUUAAUAUUCCCCCAAAAUCAUCAAAUAUGGGUUGAUGUUCGUUCAGGAAUUGUUCUUCUCAGGUUGAGCUUAAUUCGAAGCUACUACAGCUUCUACAAUCACACUAACUAACAUAUCAUUAAUAUAAUUAUUAUUAUUAUUGUUUUUAUGAUUAUGAUUAUGGGAAGCAGUAGCAGAAUUGGUUCAUCAUUUUCUUCUUGCUUAGUGGCUCCUCUUCCUUCCCCUUUUAACCGUACAACACUUUUCCAGUCGAGAUUAUCUCAAGGGUUGUUUGUCAACAAGCAAACUGCUGCCCAGCUGCAAAUAUAUGCUAAAGACAAAUCAUGCCAGUUCAAGUUUAUAUAUGGAAUUCCAAAGCUAAAGGGAAGGUUCCAGAAACAGCAUAAUGCUCUCUCUGUUGUCUCUGAGGAUCAACCACAAAGCACUGAGCUUGAUGAAGCUGCUUUAGUUCCAGAAAGCGAAGAUGCUAUUGCUGAAGACAUAUCUACCAUUGGCAACUCAUCUUUUAAUUUAUUGGGAAGUGAUGGAAAACCAGGCUUUAUAUCAUUCUAUAACCGCCCAUAUGGAAAAGACAAGGAGACACUAUUGUCAAAAUCAGAAAAGAGUCAAAAUAACAUCUUGUGGUUUGUGGGUCCUGCGGUCCUUGUUGCUUCUUUCAUUUUUCCUUCACUCUAUUUGCGCAAAGUGCUCUCCAUCAUUUUCGAAGACUCUUUGUUAACAGAUUUCCUCAUAUUAUUCUUCACAGAAGCAAUUUUCUAUUGUGGUGUUGCGGUAUAUCUUUAUCUACUAGACCGAUUAAGGAGACCCAUGCAACAAGAAACCUCUACAACCAGUCGAGAUACUCUGCCCUCUCAGUUGGGACAUCGCGUCUCUUCUGUUGCUACCCUGGUGCUUAGUCUCGUAAUUCCUAUGGUCACUAUGGGUUUGGUCUGGCCGUGGACUGGUCCUGCUGCAUCCGCAACUCUUGCUCCAUACCUGGUUGGUAUAGUUGUCCAAUUUGCAUUUGAACAGUAUGCAAGAUAUCGAAAAUCACCUUCAUGGUCUGCUAUUCCAUUAAUCUUCCAAGUGUAUAGAUUGCACCAACUAAAUAGAGCAGCACAACUGGUGACUGCUUUAUCAUUUACAGUUAGAGGAGCUGAGAUGACCUCACACAACAUGGCUAUAAAUAACUCUCUGGGUACCCUUUUGAAUGUCCUACAAUUCCUUGGUGUGAUUUGCAUUUGGUCCCUGUCAAGCUUCCUCAUGAGAUUUAUACCUCCUACUUCCACCGCGGCGCAGUAAAAGUAAACAAUUUCCUUGUAAAGUUUGUUUACAACUUGGAAUUGAUCCUCUCAUGUUGAUUUUUCAUACGAACUUCCAUGUGUAAUCUCUCACCUUUCAUUCUGCUUGUCAAGUGUUUUGUAUUGAUUCCACAUUUUAAAUGAAAGGUAAAAGAUCACAUCUAACAAGGUUAUGUGAAAAAUCAACCUAAGAAGAUCCGUUUCCCAUGGAUCAAGGGACCUCUUACCUUCAACAAAAUGUUAAAAUCUAAUUGAACAUUUAUACACGAAUCCUCUUGACUCAUCCAGAAUAAAUUUGAGGUUGCAAGAUAUUGUAAAUGAGGGCUCACAAGUCACAAUACAGAAGAAGCAAACAGGAGGAAGAAACAUUUGUAGAAUUGUAGUUAUACUUUUGCAUAUCAUGUUUUAUAUUAAGUACUAUGCCUUAGUAGAUAUUCAUUUUGGGAAUAAGAUCACAAUGUAUUUUAAUUAGGGUGCCUAUUCACAUGAAGAUGUUUUCAUAUA